AUGGAUUCUCCAAACAGCACCUUUGGCAACACGUCACACGUCCAUGCUGCUCCUCACAGCCUUUGGGAGGUUAUAACCAUUGCUACUGUGUCAGCCACUGUCAGCUUGAUAACUAUAGUUGGCAAUGUGCUGGUGAUGCUUUCUUUCAAAGUAAACAGCCAGCUGAAGACUGUUAACAACUACUACCUGCUGAGUUUGGCGUUCGCUGACCUCAUCAUAGGAGUGCUGUCCAUGAACUUGUACACCACAUAUAUACUGAUGGGUUACUGGUCCUUGGGGAACCUAGCAUGUGACCUCUGGCUUGCAGUGGAUUAUGUAGCCAGCAAUGCUUCAGUUAUGAACUUACUUGUCAUCAGCUUUGACAGGUACUUCUCCAUCACAAGGCCACUGACUUACAGGGCAAAGAGGACUCCAAAGAGAGCUGCCAUCAUGAUAGGCCUUGCAUGGCUGGUGUCUUUUGUCCUCUGGGCACCACCCAUUCUGUGUUGGCAGUACUUUGCAGGAGAGAAAACAGGAAAGGAGGAGGAGAGAGACCAGUGUCAGAUCCAGUUUUUAACUGAGCCUGUGAUCACAUUUGGGACAGCAAUUGCUGCUUUUUACAUCCCAGUCUCUGUUAUGACUAUCCUGUACUGUAGAAUUUACAAGGAGACGCAGAAACGCACCAAAGAUCUGGCAGAGCUGCAAGGGCUCGCAACAGAAAAUGUUCCAGAGGGGACUAAACCACAGAAAACUAUUAUUCAUUCUUGCUUUCAUUUCACCAGAGAGAGGAGAGACCGGAGUCAGGCCUCCUGGUCCUCGUCCAACCAAAGUAACACCACAAAGACAACCACUAGGUCAGAUGAUGCGUGGGCAAAAGCAGAUCAGAUCACUUCCUUUAACAGCUACACCUCAUCUGAGGAGGAGGAGCAUCACGUUUCAAUAGAAACCCCACAGGGAUCUUUCAAAGAGCAAGGUAGCGGGCAAAGUAAUAAGAAUGGGCAGGUGACUGACUAUACAGAAGAUCAGUAUUUUUCCAGUCCUCAAAAGAAAACCAGUAAAAAGUGCAUCUCUUAUAAGUUCAAACCUGGCUCAAAGGGUAAAAACGGAAAUCCUACACUUGCAACACCCUGCCCCUCAGAGGCAGAGCAGCCUGCCAAAAAUGCCUCCCCAUCCUCCUCCUCCACCACCUCCAAGCCCAUGGACCCCGUGCUGAAGAACCAGAUCACCAAGAGGAAGAGGAUGGUGCUGGUGAAGGAGAAGAAGGCAGCCCAGACUCUCAGUGCCAUCCUCCUGGCCUUCAUCCUCACAUGGACGCCGUACAACAUCAUGGUGCUCAUCUCCACUUUCUGCACCGAGUGCAUCCCUAUGUCCCUCUGGCACCUGGGCUACUGGCUGUGCUACGUCAACAGCACCAUCAACCCCAUGUGCUACGCCCUCUGCAACAAGACCUUCCAGAAGACCUUCCGCAUGCUUCUGCUCUGCCAGUGGAGGAGGAGGAGGAGAGGCGAGGACAAGCUGUACUGGUGUGGACAAAACGCAAAUGUCAACAAUAAAAUGACUUGA